AUGACGUCACUGGAGGGAAAAGCGUAUGGGGAAUUCAUGAUCGCCUUCACAAAUAGAUUUAAGAACUUCUUCGGUGAUGUUAUCCAGGAUGUGCAAAUCAGUCUUGGGCCCGACGGUGAGCUGAAGUUUCCGUCUGGCCAAGAUGACUCCGUGUGCGGAGAAUUUCAGUGUUAUGACAACUACAUGCGCGCCUCACUUCAACAGUUUGCCUCGGACAAAGGGGUGCCGGAAUGGGGAUCAUCUAUUCCGGAUGAGAAAGAGUUUUUGACAAACGCUGGCUGGAAGACAGAGCAUGGGAGAUUUUUUCUGGAAUGGUACUCUGGUAUUCUUGUGUCCCAUGCAGAAUGCAUUUUGAGGCAAGCCGAACAGUGUCUGUCUCAUGUUGGAAUUUCAGCAAAAGUGGCCAAAAACCUGUAUCAGGAAUAUUAUGAGUUUGAGGCACCGUUGUUUACUUGGACUGCUGGGUAUUACUGCAUCCCCCUUCGUAACAUGUACAUCCGGAUUGCUGUUGUAUUUGGCCGCUACGCAAUAAAUCUGUGCUGCCCGGACUGUGGUUUGGAGGAUGACAGGGUCGAAAAAGUCUUUGGACUGUGGUUUGGAAUGUCGAUGGGCGAGAGUACAAGAGUUUCAAGUACAACAAUAAUGGCAGGUGAAAUAUCGAUGCCCGGAUCGGAAAGUUUUGAUGAAGUACUAGCUGCGUAUGCGGAAUUCAUGAUCGCCUUCACAAAUAGGUUUAAGAACUUCUUCGGUGAUGUUAUCCAGGAUGUGCAAAUCAGUCUUGGGCCCGACGGUGAGCUGAAGUUUCCGUCUGGCUAA